GCGAGUUUAGGGUUGAUUUGAACACCUUGAUUUCUUGGAAAUAGCAGCAGCACCUGAGGCAACAUCCGGCUAGGACGCAGGAACACUUUACCGGUAGAAGGGUCCCACAGCUAAACUAAUAAGUCGCGAAUAGUUGCGGUCUGUAUUAUAGGGGAUGACUUUAUUGAAAAGCGUGACUGUUGGUGAAUGACUUUCAUUUCUCUGCAAAUCCGCCAUGAAAGGAGAUGAAGAAGAAAAGAACAAGAAAAAGCUAUUCUUAACUUCAAUAUCUGCUGUGAUUGCAGAAACCUCAACAUUCCCAUUAGACAUAACAAAAACAAGACUCCAAUUAUAUUCUCAUGGUGGUGGAAAAACAGAUCGUUCUUCUUCAAUAACUGCAUUCAAAAUUGCAUCUGAGAUUGUAAGAAAUGAAGGUUUAACGGGUAUGUACAGAGGGUUAUCUGCUUCUGUUUGCCGUCAUAUUUUUUAUACUCCAAUUCGGAUUGUUGGUUAUGAACAUCUUAGAAAUACGUUUGGAGGAAAUGAUUCUUCUCCUCUUUCUUUACCUAAAAAAGCUUUCCUUGGUGGGAUUUCUGGUGUCGUUUCUCAGGUUUUGGCAAGCCCAGCCGAUCUCGUGAAAGUAAGGAUGCAAGCGGAUGGGCGCCUGAUGAUGCAAGGUCUCCAACCUAGAUACACUGGAAUUUUUGAUGCUUUAAGCAAGAUUGUUAAAGCAGAAGGAGUCAUUGGCCUUUGGAGAGGGGUUGUCCCUAAUGUGCAGAGAGCAUUUUUGGUAAAUAUGGGGGAAUUAGCAUGUUAUGAUCAUGCAAAACGUUUUGUUAUUGGAAAACAGGUUUGUGAUGAUAACAUAUAUGCUCACACCUUAGCGUCGACAAUGUCCGGUCUAGCAGCGACUGCAUUGAGUUGUCCAGCUGAUGUUGUGAAAACAAGAAUGAUGAAUCAAGCUGCGGGGAAUGAAGCUAAUAAAACCAUGUACAAGAAUUCUUGUGAUUGUCUGGUGAAGACUGUGAGAGUUGAAGGUGUUAUGGCAUUGUGGAAAGGGUUCUUCCCAACAUGGGCAAGGCUUGGUCCUUGGCAGUUUGUAUUCUGGGUUUCUUAUGAAAGGCUUAGAAAUAUAGCUGGUCUCUCUUCCUUCUGAUGAAAUUUUUCUAUUGUUGUUCCAUAUAAAUAUCAAAGGACUUUACUCUUCUUGUUAUAGCGUCUUAAAUCAUAAUGAAUUUUUCUUUGGUUCAA